AGGGACACGGACCAUGUCAUGCGCAGUAGUGCUUGUGAUGGCAGUAUGGCGCGCGUGAAGGUGAAUGAGAGCUGAAACGUUAGUAACCAGUAGUCGUCCCUUUACGCUGUGUUUCACCAAAGAGCGACGUGACGUCCUCUCAGGGUACAGUCAUGACCAGCCUGUCCAGCUACGCUGUGCGCAUGUCCAGGCUCAGCGCACAGAUCUUUGGGGGUGUCGUGCGUCCGACAGACUCCAGGUCAAUGAAGGUGGUCCAGCUCUUCCAGGAGCCUCCCAUGGCCAUGAAAAAGGAGGUGUUCGACUGGUACCCACAGCACAAGGUUUACUACUCUAUGACCCAGAAGCUCCGGUUCAUGGGGCUGUUCAGAGACGAGCAUGAGGACUUCAAGGAGGAGAUGCUCCGCCUCAGGAAACUGAGAGGAAAGGGGAAACCGAAGAAAGGAGAAGGGAAGAGAGCAACCAAGAAGAAAUGAGCAGCUUUGUUUUCUUUCGUUUUGAAUACAGGCAGACAGCAUGGGACUGUGUACAUUCUCUGAAUUAUGCAUUCCUCAAGGAGGGACGGGAAGGACUUGGUGCUCUACUGUGGCCGGACCCCUGACGAGGCAGCAACAAGAAGUCUGUGUCACCACAGACGGAAACAAAAGCUAAUAAUCAUCACCAUUGUUGGACAUAAGAUUCGAAAUGUCAAUAAAGAUGCACCUGGUACCUCUGGA